AUGAUUCGAACUAGUUUGCAGAUUAACGACACCCAACCACAUCGACUCGAGCUAAUCGUACAAAGUGAGAAUGUCACUCUCUACGUAGACGGCAAGUGGCACAGCAGCCUGCGAGCUGAAUUUCCCUCUUCUGUCUCCAACAUAAGUCUGGAGAGUCAUCUUCCCAGACUUGGCAAUACAGAUUUUAGCUACCAUGCCCGAUUUCCGGAAAAGCCGCAGGCCGGUACGAUCGCCACCUCUUCUUAUGGUCUGUCGACGACCCGAGGCAUUCAACAGAUGGAAAGCUUCAACAUCGCACCGGCUGCCGUUCCGGGCCGCUAUCUCGCCUUAACAGGACCGUUCUACAUAGGCGGAGGUCCCCGCGACCUCUUGGAGGGCGCACAUUCUAGUUGGAGGACCCGAAAGGCCUCCGGCUUUAUCGGUAAAAAUGAUUACUUCAUCUUUCGGCAUAACUGUUUUGUACGCCAAAACUAA